GUCUACAUCAAUAUUAUUAUUGUUUCAUUCGUUUUUGCUAAAGUCAUGUCUGCAAUAUGCAAAUAAACACAAACUUUGAAAUAAAAUCAAGCAUGUUUCUCGGCUAUUGAAUACCGCUCUACUACAUAGUUCAUCAAUAAGAUGAAGCUGCCCUGGGCGCUGGAGGAGGAGCUGCGCAAGGCCCGCGCCCGGCCCUCCUGGGAGUCCACCAACGUCGGCGUGCACGAGAGGGUUAACUUCGACGACACCAUAUGGGGGUUCCAGUUGGCCGGCGGCAUUUACUACAACACGCCACUCAGAAUCACUUAUGUGAAAGAAGACAGUCGCGCGGAGCACGCGGGCAUCAAGCCGGGCGACGUGCUGAGGAGCAUCAACGACAUCGACACCUCCACCAUCUCUCUGGAAGACGCGCACGCCAUGAUCCUGGAGUCAGGGCUGCAGAUACGGCUCGCUGUCUCCGCACCCGACGUGGAAGAAACGACGUAUUUCGUUUACCAAGACGAAAUUGUAGAGCAACUGAGAGAAGCAAAACGACAAGCAAGCAUUAAGGCAAAGAAACAACACAAGAAAUUCAAUGGAGCUAAAACGAACGACGCGUGGAGCCUGGCGUGGCCGUGCAGCAAGAAGCGUGACGUCACGUACCGCGAGUCCAACUGCUUCCUAGUGCCCAGCCGCUUCCAGGAAAAACACCCAGCUAAAUUGGAACCACAAGGCCACGAUGAGAAGAUUGAGAAAAUUGUAUCUUCAGAAUCAGAAAAGAUGUCGCCUGAACAAACUAUUUGAUUAUUUCACAUAAGUAUUAUAGAGUUAUUAAAAUUUAAUUAGUUGAUUAAAAAGGCAAGUAUGUUAUA